AUGCCAAACAAUAAUUUCUCGACUACUUCACAGGGUAUCAACUAUCCUGCAGCCAUUGAGGCGCCAGUAACGCCGUACACCAAUCCUCCAGACACAAACCCCGUACUGGCAGGAUUGCCAUUACGGCUACUGAGUGAAGCAGUUGCAAACAUCACACCCCUUCAAUCCCUCCUCUGGAGCAACGCAGGCUUCGGCUCCCUACGCUCUCUUGAGGCCACCGGGAUCCUCGACCCCUACCAGCCCCGCUUCGACCCCACCGUGAUCCCUCACAGUGCCCCCAUACCGCCCACCUCUCUCCCGCGCCUUCCCAAGGAGAAUCCAAUCUUUUACUGCGCCGGCGAGUACAUAGAUGCCUACAGAGAGAAGAAGCUCACGCCCACUGCCGUCACUACCAAAGUUACCAGCCUCCUCGCCUCCCCCCAACACUCGGCAUGCAUUAUCACGCCCGUGACCCCUUCCGCUUCACCCAGCGACCGCCGCUAUGCCACCAACGCCGAAGCCCCGAGAAUGAAGCUUGACGGUGUCCCGAUCCUUGUCAAGGACGAGCUCGCUGUCGCCGGCACUCCCAAGACUCUCGGCCUUACUUUCGCAGAAAUGUCGCGCCGCGGCACAAAUAAGCUCGACGACGGAGAGACAUCAUGGUGUGUACAGAAGCUGAUUGACGCCGGCGCGCUCGUGGUCGGGAAAACCAACAUGCACGAGAUUGGCUUCGAUACGACGAACAACAACCCGAACCAUGGGACUCCGCGGAACCCAUACAACCCCAAUUACUAUACCGGCGGGAGCUCCGGCGGUAGCGCCUACGCCGUUGCGGCAGGUCUAGUUCCUAUUGCGGUCGGCGCGGACGGCGGGGGCUCCAUCAGGCUCCCCGCAGGUUACUGCGGCGUCUACGGGCUAAAGCCAACUCAUGGGCGGAUCUCACAGGCACCAACGCGAUCAAUUGCGCCGUCCAACGGAGUCAUCGGGCCCAUCGCCGCAACAAUGGACGAUCUCGAACGUGCCUACGAGAUCAUGGCGCAACCCGACCCCAGCGACGCAUCCUCCCGCCUGUUCCCUCCCCCGCAAUGGAACCCCUCGGACAGCAAGAAGCGCCUCAUCGGUGUCUACAAGCCCUGGCUCGAAGACUGCAGCCCCGACGUCCACGCUGCGACCCAAGCGGCAAUCCAGCAUCUGCAGACCAGCGCCGGCUACGAAGUAAUCGAUAUCGAGCUGCCGCUCCUCUCCGAAGGCCGUAAAGCGCACGCCCUCACAAUCAUGACCGAGAUUGGCCAGGGUUUCUGCAAAGGCGACACGCACGGGCUCACACCCGCCAACAAGGUCGUCGUCGCCAUCUCCGGGCAGACGCCGGCGCGCGACUUUGUCCUCGCGCAGCGGGUGCGAGCGCUGCUGAUGUCGCAUCUGGCGUGGCUUUGGGAGAAGUAUGGUGACACGCUGGUCAUUGUGAGUCCUGUGACGCCGACGGCAGGGGCGAAGAUUAUUGCGGAGGGGCAUGCGGAAAAGGGUGGUGCGGGGGUGAGCGAUACGAAUGCGAGUUUGAAGAGUAUGCAAUAUGUGUUCCUGGCAAACUUCACGGGCACGCCGAGUAUUUCCAUGCCAGUCGGGUACUCUGCAGACGGGGUGCCAAUCGGCAUGAUGGGGCUUGCGGCGUGGGGCGCGGAGGAGACGCUCCUCAGUCUUGGGAGGGCGUGUGAGCGCUACUUUGAGAACGAGGUGGGGAGAAGGAGGCCUGCGGGCGAGGGGUGCUGGGCGGAUGUGCUGGGGGCAGUGUGA